AUGUUCUUCAACGACAAGAACCGCCUCCGCUUCAAAUACGAUGCAGAGGAACUAUGGAUUGAGCCAUGGGGUCCCAAUGCCUUUCGCGUGAGAGCCACCAAGUCCGCCGUGAUGCCAUCGCAAGAUUGGGCCCUUCAGAAACCCACAGAAAUAACUCCUCAAAUCAACAUCUCUGACGAAUCUGCAUCAAUCGAGAAUGGCAAUAUCAAGGCCAGUCUUUCACGCAACGGCAAGUUGAUCAUCGAGAAAGCAAACGGGGAACUCCUGCUGGAAGAAUAUUGUCGCAAUAGACGUGAUCUUAUCGACCCCAAGUGCAGUGCUCUUGAAGUCGAGGCUCGAGAGUUCAAGGGCAUCCUAGGCACGGAUAACUAUCACUUGACUAUGAGACUUGAGAGUGUCAAUCCAGAUGAAAAGAUCUUUGGAAUGGGACAGUAUCAGCAACCCUGGCUUGACCUCAAGGGACUUGACCUCGAGCUCGCACAGCGUAACUCUCAAGCUAGUGUCCCCCUUGCCGUAUCCUCGCUUGGGUACGGACUCUUGUGGAACAAUCCCGCCAUCGGGAGAGCUGUGUUCGGCAAGAACAUCAUGACUUUCGAAGCCUUUUCAACACAAAUACUCGACUAUUGGAUCGUUGCUGGUGAUACACCGGCCGAGAUCGUCGAGGCUUAUGCAGAUGCUACUGGAAAAGUACCCCUUAUGCCCGAGUACGGACUGGGCUUUUGGCAGUGCAAGUUGCGAUAUCAGACGCAAGAGGAGCUUCUGCAAGUCGCCAGGGAGUACAAGCACCGCGAGAUUCCAAUCGAUCUUAUUGUGAUUGAUUUCUUCCACUGGCCGAAGCAGGGAGAUUGGAAGUUUGACUUGGAAUACUGGCCGGAUCCUGAUGCUAUGAUAAAGGAGCUCAAAGAUCUUGGCAUCGAGCUCAUGGUUUCUAUCUGGCCUACUGUUGAUAAAACAUCGGACAAUUACGAGCAUAUGGUGGAGAAUGGUUAUUUAAUCCGCGUCGACCGAGGCGUCCGGAUCGGACUCGACUUUCAGGGCCAAACAGUACACAUUGAUACCACAAACCCAGCCGCCAGGACUUACUUCUGGGAUGUAGUCAAGAAGAACUAUUACUCCAAAGGAAUCAAGACCUUCUGGCUAGACGAGGCAGAACCUGAGUAUGCAGCCUACGACUUUGAGAACUACCGGUACUGGUUGGGUUCGAAUGGAUCAAUUGGAAAUAUCUACCCCGUGGAGUACGCCCGAGCCUUUUACGAAGGCCAACAGGCUGAGGGCCAGGAGAAUAUCGUUAAUCUUCUCCGAUGUGCUUGGGCGGGCAGCCAAAAGUACGGCGCCCUUGUUUGGAGCGGCGACAUAGCAUCUUCGUGGUCCAGCUUCCACAACCAGCUCUGCGCAGGCCUCAACAUGGGUCUUUCCGGUAUUCCCUGGUGGACAACAGACAUCGGCGGUUUCCACGGCGGUGAUCCCAAUGACGAGGGAUUUCGGGAGCUUUUUGUGCGGUGGUUCCAAUGGGGCACGUUCUGCCCUGUGAUGAGACUACACGGUGACCGAGAACCUCGUCAGCCGCAGCAAGGAACGACCGGCGGUGCAACUUGCUGCAGUGGAGCUGCCAAUGAAGUUUGGUCUUAUGGCCCUGAAGUUUAUGAGAUCUGUGUGAGAUACAUCAAGAUGCGGGAAGAGCUUCGACCGUACACCCGAAAACUCAUGAAGGAAGCGCACGAGAAGGGAACACCAGUUAUGAGGCCGCUCUUCUACGAGUUCCCGCAUGACAAGAAGUCCUGGGAUGUAUCAACUCAGUAUCUGUACGGCGAUAAGUACCUUGUCUGUCCCGUUCUUAAGCCAGGACAAACAAAGAGUGAGGUAUAUCUUCCACAACUGCCCCAAGGGAAGAAAUGGGGUUCUUUUGCUGGCGAUGAAUCUUAUGAGUCUGGUCAAACGGUUACUGUUGACUGCCCAUUGACACAAAUGCCGGUUUUUGUUCGAGGAGUAUGA